UUUUCAUUUUUGGGUGAACUAUCACUUUAACAUGACCUUACUCGGUUAUCAAAUAUCAAGGUUAUAUUUUCACCAAAUGUUAUUACAUUACGUAGAAUAAUUUUAUUUAGAAAACAUUAAAUCACAAAAGGAUUUUAAGCUGGGUUAAACAGUGUGAAUGAUGCAGUAGCAGGCCAGCAAAUAUGACGGAUGUCUUUCUAACUAUACUCUGAUAUAUUACUUGACAGCAUUUCUCAAAUAUACAAAAUACAAUUGUGAAAUUACACACAGACUUUCCUGAUGAGUUUGUGGUGGGUGUCUACAUGAACUAUGUACUUGGGAUAAGGAACUUUAUAUGUUCUUCGAGCAAUGCAUCUUAGGUUGGUCAUUCUUGACAAGACACCAACACUGUCCACACGAUGCAUAGAUGCAACGACUCUGUCCCACUGAACCCGGUGGCCUUUUACAAGGAGAGCCCCUCGGACCAUUCUGUAUCCUGCAUCUGGCAUAGAGUUCUUCACUUCUGUCACAAGAGCAUCUAACUCUUCAUCAGUAGAAGUGCUGUACAGUGCAGUAACUGACAAAUUGUUGUCCGCCAUCCUUCUAUGCAAUGUUGCUCGAGACACUCCCAAUAUAUUGGCAACACAUUUUAAAGGCAAACCAAGUUCAAUAAGGUGGAUAAGAGUGUUUGUUGAAAUUGUCAAUCUUGGACGUCCACGACCACCACCUCUUUCCACAUCCACUGUUACACACACCUCUUCACUAUCCAUCUGGCGAUUUAUCGCAAUAUUUAGACGUGUAAGGGCUAAAAUAACAUUCUCAGAAAUGUUUAUUAUAUUAGUCAAGGCACUGAUUAGUACAAGCUCCUGUCUGCAGACAAACUGCAAAUAAUCUGUGUCCAGAGGCUGUCUCUCCAAUACAUGUAGCACAUGGUCUUGAAGUCGCUGGAGAACGUAAUCCUUCAGCAACUCCUAAGGAGUUAAGAAAAUAUUUUUAACAUCUGAUGAAUGUGCAAAUGAGCAAAUAAAUAUGCUAAUACACUCAAAAUGACAAGCAGAUAAAACUGACCCUAUAGGGGAUUAUCACGCUGUUACUUAGUACUUCCGCUGUCAAAGAUCUUUGUGCACGGUCGCUUCCGGCGCAGUUCAACAAUGGCGGAAACCAAGGCUAGAUGUCACUGCUCUGUUCCAUUUUGUAAAUCUAACAAACAACGCCAACCAUAUUUAAGUUUUCAUGGAUUCCCCACAGAAUUAAGUCUAAGGAAGAAGUGGAUUAGAGCAGUUCGCCGGGAUGAAGGGGCAAACUUUAAAAUAAAGCAAGGCAGCACGUUCGUUUGUAGCCGGCACUUUUGUGACUCUGACUACACUACUGCUAGCAGAGAAAGUGACGUGCCUAUAUUUACUACCCGGGUUUGCGUCAAGCGGCUGAAAACUGGGUCUGUGCCCUCCCGUUUCCAAUGGAACAACUGGGGACUGCCAAGAAGGAAGUCCGUGUAUGAAAGAGUGUCAGUUCGCUUAGGCCAUAACGAUUUCCCAGCCGUUCUUGUGGAGCAGCCCCUGCCAUGCGAGGAAGAGGCGAUGCCAUGCGAGGAAGAGGCGAUUGAGGAGGUCGCGGCUUCGGUGAUGAUAAAUGAACAUGAUUACUGCACUACUCCUAAACCAGGUUCACUGGAUGCUGCUGCUGCACGCAUUCAGGAAUUGGAAGCUGAAAUAAAAAAGCUGACAACAGAGCUGUCACAGCUGAAAGUGUCUCAAGUACAUUUUCACCGUUUUUGUGUCUCAGACAAGGACAUCCUUUUUUACACACGAUUCAUGUCACGAGAUGUUUUUUGUAAGUUCUGGGAGGCUAUUCAACCAUCUGCCUCCAUGUUAGUUUACUGGUCGAAAGCUCAGAAACAGGGACAUACAUUUGAACAAACAUUUCAACCCAUUUCUCCCAGUCCAGUGCGUAGACUGCAACUGAUUGAUGAAUUUUUUCUAUUUUGCUGCCGAGUUGCUGCAGGCCUGCAAGAGAAGGUGCUGGCUGACAUGUUUCAGGUUAGUGUGUCCACUGUCUCCCGUGUUGUUAUAACGUGGUCCAACUACCUUUACCUGCUUCUUGGCUCCCUUCCCAUUUGGAUGAGUAAACAGCAAGUCAGGAACACCAUGCCCAGCAAAUUUGUGCAGUUCUGUCCAGAUGUCCGUGUAAUCAUUGACUGCACUGAGGUGCGAUGCCAGAAUCCAUCCUCCCUCACUCUCCAAUCAGAGGUUUUCUCAUCGUACAAAAACACAACAACCUUUAAGGGAUUAAUUGGGAUUGCCCCAUGUAGUGCUGUGACUUUUGUAUCAAGUCUCUUCACCGGCUCCAUCUCUGACCGAGAAUUGACUAAACGAAGUGUACUGCUCAACUUACUGGAGCCAGGAGAUGGCUGCAUGGCAGACAAAGGUUUCACUAUUGAGAACCUGCUAUCUGACCGUGGGGCAAGGCUGAUUAUACCACCCUUCAAAAUGACAGCACAGUUCACCAAAGAGGAGGCUCUAAAAACACAAGCAAUCGCCCGACUUCGAAUCCUUGUGGAAAGAGCAAUACGCAGAGUCAAGGAAUACCGCAUCUGGGAACACACUCUUCCACUAACCUUGUCUGGGACAGUCAACCAGCUGUGGACCGUCUGCUGUGUGAUGACCAACUUUCAGGGACCACUUGAUUUAAAAGGCUACAUCCCUGUUGAAUAGUGUUUCCCCUGAUCUCAUGUAUUUAAAUAUGUACAAUGUCUUCAGUACACAGUUAAUGGAAUGUAUAUAAUUCAUCUACACUGUAAAACCUAAAUGGUUACUCAACUCUAAUCAUUUAAAGACACUGGUUGCCUUAAACCAGUUAAGUUUUAAACAUACAUUGAUACUAUGAACUUGAUCAUAUGCAGUGGUGCACUUAUAUUUAAGUUGACAGCACUUAAAUAUAAGUGCAUAAUUGCAUAUGACUCAGUUUAAUUUCACAGUACUCACAUGCAUGUUUAAAAAAAAUUAAGGCGACCAGUUUCCUUAAAUGUUUUUUAUUGCGUUAAAGGGAUAGUUCACUUUAAAAUGAAAAUCUGUCAUCAUUUACCCAUCCUCAUGUUGUUGUAAACCUGUAUGAAUGUCCUUUUUUAUGAACCCAAAAGAAGAUAUUUUAAGAAAUUAUGGUAAAUGCACAGGAGAUAGUGACCAUUGAGUUCUACAGUAGGAAAAAAUAUUUUGUAAGUAUUGUGAUGAAUGAUGGUAAGCACACAGUUGUCAUACUUAUUAAAUUCCAUCAUUUCUUUUAUUCCUACUAUAAAAGUCAAUGGUCACUAUCUCCUGUGCGUUUACAUAAUUCCUUAAAAUAUCUUCUUUUGUGCUCAUCUGAAAAAGAACUCAUACAUGUUUAGAUCAACAUGACGAUGAGUAAAUGAUGACAGAAUUUUCAUUUUAAAGUGAACUAUCCCUUUAACUUUUAGAAUUGAUUAUACACUGUAAAAUCUAAAUGUCAGUCCGCCCUGAAAGUAUUCAAAACAAUGUAAAUAUGUAAAUGUUGUCAAUAAUUUACUCUGAAAAUGAAUUAAUAAAAUAUUUUAUUCAUUCAGUUCAAUUCAGUUCACUUUCUGCUUAAGAUACACAUCCAUAUAUGUAUUAAAGAAGUACAAGUCCACCUUCAUUUUCAUUUCUUUUAUCAUUUCAUCAUCCCUCCAGAUUCUUUCAACUGUGAAGUCUCCCUCAGUUUCUGUUAUGAAAUCGCACCAACUCAAGCCAGUAACUCCCAAUUGUCCUUGAACCUGCCAGUGGUAUUUAUGAUUUUUCUUCAGUUUUGCUUCACCAUUCACAAUUUUGACAUGUCCUGCCUCAGAAAUGCUAGAGAUGUCUGGGCAUUUAACUUCAGCAAGGCCAAAACAUGGAAUGGCACUAGGGUCAUAUACUUUUGCAUCGGGGCUUGCCCCGAGGUGAGGAGCAUCGGGAUGGAUAACUAGUCCACAGCGUGACACAUUUACAUUUAAAUGUUUAGAAUAUUGUUCCAGCACCUGUGGCUCACGUUCAAGGCCCCUUUUCAUGGCAGGAGUUUGGCGUACUCCCUUAAGCACUCGGACUGCUCACGUGUCUGCUCCUCUCUCUCAGCUGCCAUCUCGUGUGUCACAGUUAAGCUGUCCCAAUGGAAAAACUGCUGGGAGUUGGGUUCAAAGCUGGGAAAAGCAGUAGGAAAUGUUGACCCCUCUAAAGGCAGUU